GGUCUCAUCUCCAUCUCCGCAAAGCUCGGAAAGCUGACUUGCUCAUUUUUCAACCUUCAGGUAGAGUCGAUCAACAAAAUCAACUUUCUCUGUUAAGCGUCAUACUUGAAGACUGAACAUGAGCAGCGACCCUAUCCCUUCGUCCUUCGAGGACAGCCCUCAUUUCCAGGAGGAGACCUCACUUCAGAAGUUCCGCAGAAGACUUAAGGAAGAACCGCUUAUUCCGCUAGGAUGUGCCGCUACCUGUUAUGCGCUAUUCCGCGCCUACCGAUCGAUGAAGGUCGGUGAUUCGGUUGAAAUGAACCGGAUGUUCCGUGCCCGUAUUUAUGCUCAGGCCUUUACUCUUUUCGCCCUUGUCGCCGGUGGCAUGUACUUCAAGACGGAACGAAAGCAGCGUCGGGAAUUCGAGCAGGCGGUGGAGGCCCGCAAGAGCCAGGAAAAGCGAGACGCAUGGCUACGUGAACUGGAGAUCCGAGACAAGGAAGAUAGGGACUGGAGAGAGCGUCAUGCGGCUAUUGAGGCGGCCGCCAAGGAGGCUGGAAAGAAGGCUUCGGCGAAGCCGUCUCCUGAGCAGGAUGCUGCUCGCGCUGCUAUUGAGCCUGCAGAUGAGAAGCGAUCCUUGGGCGUAUUAGAUGCCGUGAAGGAAAUGUUGUCGAGACAAAAUUAAAUAGAGUGCUGUGGAGUAUGUAUUGUAUGGGGAUUCAGUUGAAUUUUUGGUUUGAUAUUAUACUGUACAUAUGUUCACUUGUUGGUAUAAACACGGUCAAUUCUUCUCUCUUAUACCAGGUGU